AUGGCGCCACUUUCUCGUGCGUCGACGCCGUACAGUACCGGCACGACAGGAUACAGAGCCAGCACCACGACUCGCAACGGGAACCGAAUCAGCACCUCGAACCAGCUCGCGAGCACCUCCAACCCCUUCUAUACCACUGGCGAGUAUGCAACCGCCGCCUCCCGCCCACGUCCUGGCGCUCGCAGCGUGGGCCGGCCGAGCACCGCCAGACCUAGAACAGGCGUGUCCACACUCGGUAUCGAGAAUCAGGAGAUCGUCUGUGCAGUCAGCGAGUCCCGUGGCAUCUCACCCACGGUCGGUCUUGCCUUCAUCAACCUCGACACGGCUGAAGCGGUAUUAAGCCAGAUCUGCGACAGCCAGACGUACGUCCGGACGAUCCACAAACUCACUGUCUUCAACCCUACCAACAUCUUAAUUGUGUCUUCGGCAAGCCAGCCAAAGUCGAAGCUUUUCUCCAUCAUUGAGGACAGUCUGGAUGACAUCGGCAGCAACAUGACUCUACUUGAUCGCAGGUACUGGGCGGAGACCACCGGCAUCGAGUACAUCCAACAAUUAGCCUUCACUGAGGACGUCGAAUCCAUCAAGACGGCCGUGAGUGGCAACUACUACGCCGUCUGCUGCUUUGCGGCCGUGCUCAAGUAUGUCGAGCUCGGCAUGAGCAAGACAUUCCCGAUGCGGUCGCUGCGCAUCAAGUAUGAGCCAUCGGAAGGCUCGAUGAUGAUUGAUCUGUCCACCAUGCAUUCUCUUGAGCUUGUUCAGAACCUGCACGACGCCAAAUCCAAGGACUGCCUCUUUGGCCUGCUCAAUGAGACGCUGACGCCCAUGGGAAGCCGGCUGUUGAGGAGCAAUGUCUUGCAACCACUGACAAGCCCCGAGACGCUCAACACUCGCUACGAGGCGCUGGAAGAGCUCAGCACCAAAGAAGAGAUGUUCUUCGCCGUCCGGCAAGCUCUGAAGCCCUUCCUCGACGCAGACAAGAUCCUCACCCAACUCAUCCUGGUGCCGGUGCAGACAACACUGAUCGACAUUGAGCAAGCCAUCAACAAUGUCAUCAUGCUCAAGCAGUUCGUUGACCUCAUCAAGCCUGUCUUCGAAGCACUCGUCGGUGUUCGUUCGCCCAUGCUAGAGGAGAUUCGCCGGCUAUGUGCGACUGAGAACACCGAGCUGAUCCAAGAGCUCAUCAAUGAAGUCAUCAAUGAGGAUACCACCUACGCGAAGCAGCCGCUGGACUUGCGCAACCAACGCACCUAUGCAGUCAAGUCUGGCGUGAACGGACUAUUGGAUGUCGCACGUCAGACGUAUAAUGAGGCGAUGCAAGAUGCCUUUCAGCACAUGGAUAAUCUGGCAGAAGAGCACUCAAUGGCCAUUCAGAAGAAGUACGAGCAUGGACGUCAAUUCUACUUCCGCAUAAAGGAAGAGGAGCUGGCGAGCAGAGACUUGCCAGCGAUAUUCAUCAACGUCGUGCGCAAGAAAGGGUGGAUCGAGUGCCAGACGCUGGACCUGGCUAAACGCAGCCAGAAAACCGUGGACUCCCAUACUGAAGUGCUCAAUAUGAGUGACAAGACGGUUCAACAGCUCAUAGGCAGUGUACGAGAGCACAUGUCAGUCCUCUUCAAGAUCUGCGAGGGUAUUGCAAUGCUCGAUAUGCUUGCCUCCUUCGCCCAAGUGGUCACAAGUCAAGACUACGUCCGCCCACUCAUCUCUGAAACUCUCGCCAUCAAAGGUGGACGACAUCCGAUCAGAGAAAAGAUCCACAACACCAAAUUCAUCCCCAACGACGUCUACGCCACCCAGCAAACCCGCUUCCAAAUUAUCACCGGCUGCAACAUGUCCGGCAAAAGCACCUACAUCCGCUCGGUCGCCUUAGUGAGCGUCAUGGCGCAAGUUGGCUGCUUCGUGCCAGCGCAGUACGCCGCUCUACCCAUCAUCCGCCAGCUCUUCGCCCGUGUGUCCAUGGACGACAACAUCGAAGCCAACGUCUCAACCUUCGCAGCCGAGAUGCGUGAAACUGCUUUCAUCCUCCGCAACAUCGACCGGCACAGCAUGGCUAUUAUUGAUGAGCUUGGACGAGGCACCAGCACGCGAGACGGCCUUGCUAUCGCCAUCAGUAUCGCCGAAGCACUUGUCAGAAGCAGAGCGCUGGUGUGGUUCGCCACGCACUUCCGCGACCUCGCCAAAAUCCUUUCCGAGCGCAACGGUGUCGUCAAUUUGCACCUCGCGGUCGACAUGAGCGAAAAGAGCAAGAUGGAGAUGCUCUACCGUAUCGCCAGCGGAGCGGAGAAAGAAGAACACUACGGUCUCAAACUCGCUCGUGUCGUUCCACUCCCUCCGGAUGUGGUCGAGCACGCCGAGCACGUCGCCUUGACUCUGGAGCAGCAGGCAAGAGAGAAGAAGGCGCAAGGUCCAGCUAUUGUUCAAGCGAGGCGGAGGAAGUUGAUGCUGAAUCUAAAAGAGCAUCUGGGCCAAGCGAAGGACUCGAAGAUGGAUACCGAGACGUUGCGGCAGUGGCUGCGGGAGUUGCAGGCGGAAUUUGUGAAGCAGAUGCUUGCGUUGGAUGAGGAGGGUGGGGAUCGGCAUGGAAGUGUGGCUGGGACUGGAGAGAAGAGUAUUGUCGAUGAUGAUCAGCAUGCGGAUAUGGAUGUUGAGAACCGACGACCUUUCAACCCUGAGCUGGUGGAUCGGGAGCUGGAGCAGUACCUUCAGGAACAGACCUGGCUCAGCAGUGAUGGCAUUCAGCAGGAAGACGCGGAUGUCCAAGUCGCGAGAUCUCGCGAGCAGAGCGAGGAGAUGCUUAUGGACUACUAA